GCCUGGGGCGAGGCUCUGAGCUGUCGAGUCCAAACCGGGAAAACCCAAGGCCUAGGCCGCUUGCACUGUCGACCUCGCUGCUUCUUGGCUGCAAUGGCCCUGGUCGCCGGCCGACAGGCCUUUGGGGUGAAGGGGACCAGCUGGCUCUGGCGCAGUCGAUGGGCCCCUCUCUCCGCCGGCUUCUGCAGCCCGGCGUCAGCAGUAACAGCGCGGCCGGAGUCGGAGCCACGGCCCACUAGCAUGCGACAGCAGGACGGAAUCAGGAACAUUGUCUUAAGCAAUCCCAAGAAGAGGAAUGCGCUGUCGCUGGCCAUGCUGAAAUCUCUCCGAAGUGACAUUCUUCACGAAGCUGAGAGCAAAGACCUGAAAGUCAUUAUAAUUGCAGCUGAGGGCCCUGUGUUUUCCUCUGGGCAUGAUUUAAAGGAGCUGACAGGUGCGCGAGGCCGUGAUUAUCACACCGAAGUAUUUCAGACCUGUUCUGAGGUCAUGAUGCUGAUUCGGAACCACCCGGUCCCCAUCAUUGCCAUGGUCAAUGGCUUGGCCACAGCUGCCGGCUGCCAGCUUGUUGCCAGCUGUGACAUUGCUGUGGCAAGUGAGAAGUCCUCUUUUGCCACUCCUGGGGUGAAUGUCGGACUUUUCUGCUCCACCCCCGCGGUUGCCUUGGGGAGAGCGGUGCCCAGAAAGGUGGCCCUGGAGAUGCUCUUUACUGGGGAGCCCAUUUCUGCUCAGGAGGCUGUACGCCAUGGUCUCAUCAGCAAAGUGGUGCCUGAGGGGCAGCUGGAGGACGAGACCAUGAAAAUAGCGAAGAAGAUCGCCUCUUUGAGUCGCUCCGUGGUGGCACUGGGCAAGGCCACCUUUUACAAACAGCUGUCCCAAGACCUUAGAACAGCAUACUACCUCACCUCCCAGGCCAUGGUGGACAACCUGGCCCUGCAGGAUGGGCAGGAAGGAAUUGAGGCCUUCAUCCAGAAGAGAAAGCCCAUCUGGUCACACUGAGCCAGCAUGAGGACAGCUGGGCCAACAGCCAGUGUUACGAAGUCACCCAGCCCUCGUCUUCUCC